AAUAUUCUUAUCAAAAUCUCCUCUUGGCUCUUAUCAAUCAUUUCUGUGCUGCGAACUUCUGGAGAUUCUGGAGUUCUGGAGAAAUGUCCUAAUUAUUCGUUAUUCAAAAACCGUAUUCAAUCUAAUUCCAGAAUCGCUCAAAUCCAAGUACUGCUGUGAUAUUCAUGGUAUUCUUUUCAUAAUGGUGAUUGAUUCGAUCAUCGAUGACAAUGUUCUCAGGAUCAGAUCUCACAUAUCUAGGCUCCAUUCGUUAUUGGAGAAUAGUGAAACAGACUUGCCCAGAUUAAAUUGCAUCCUCGAUGAUUUAAAUGCUGUGAAUACCGAUUGUGUUGGUGCAGAAGAGAAAUUCACUUGUAUUCGAUUAUGCUGCUCCAUAAUUACUCCUUCAGAUGCUAUGUUAACUGGAAAAUGUGGACAAGUCGUCUUAAAAUUUAUUCGCGAAGAAAAAGUGACUGAAGAACUGGCAGUGUUCAUCAUUCAGUGGUGUUUGCAAGCAAUAAUGAAGUCUCCGGAUAUUUCACAAGUUGAGCUACUGAGAGUGUUGGAGUUCAUGUUCGAAACUGAGUUUGGUUCUCAUAAAGAAUUGAUUGAUAGUGUGUUGAAGGUGUUACAAAUACCAUUGGAAAGUAAAUCAAAGUUGGUGUUUCCAGACGAAUUAUUGCUUCAUCGUUUGUACUGUAUUCGAGCUAUGAUACCGAUGAUGAAUACAAAUCAUCUAGAUGUGGUUAAAGAUAUGUCUUUAGAAUUAAUGCAGAGCAAUUUGGAUAAUAAUUCGAAACCUGAAGUAUUGUUAGCACUGUUGGAAAUUUUACAAAUGAUAUGUGAAAGAAAUAACUCGUGGCUCUCGGAUAACGUCGGCGUCAUUCUGGGUGUUUCCUUAGCUCUUUCUUCUUUUGGUUUACCUCAUCAUGUCUGCCAGAUUCCGCGGUAUAUUUUGCCCACGCCUUUACUACCCGAGAGUAAAUCUGAUGUUAAAAAAUCUAAUAAAGUGAAAAAUAGAAGAAAACCGAAAAAAAGUGCAGCUGAGAAAAUCAAGUCGGCUCCUGUUGAUGAGAUACCUGAAAUUAACUGGUCCCUUAGUGAAUCUGAUUUUUCUGAUAGUGAGAAUAGCCGCGCUCAUCAACAGCGUAAAAGCGAACGAAAAAUUCGAUUAUCCGCAUUGUCUUUAUUACUGUAUGUUAUCAAAACUGUUGGCAAGAAAGAAGUGGUUGGUUAUUGGGAUAAUAUUCUGAGCGGACCUUAUUCCAUUUUGAAAACUCUUUCCAACGAUACGUCUCCUAGGUCGCGAGUAGCUAUUACCGCAAUUCUUGGUAUCUUAAUUAGCACCGGAAAAAUGUAUAUUUCGCAAGCUCAGCACAAUUCUAAGAACACCAAUACGCCGUACGUUUCAUGGUCGCAGCUUUUAUCGGAUCUUAUAACAUUAGCUCAUGAAACACUUUGCGAUCUUGCUCGUCAGUCGCAAUCAGUCGUAUCUUUGCUGUCGAUCUUGAAUUGUUUGAUCGUUUUCAUUCGAAAUAUUCCGUAUCAUCGUUUGAGCGAUGGUCUUAUAAGAAACAUCGUUCAUUCUGUUACCCCACUACUUAGACAUGUUGAUUUUUCCAUUCGCAAUUCGGCUAUAAAAUGUAUGACAGAAUUCGUUAUUUUGGAACCGAAUACCGAAGAGCAAAUUCUUCUAAUACGGACAAAUCAAAUGUACCCGGUACCAGCUGGUAGGAGUGAUUCGUGGAUUAUUUUAUACUGUCUGGAAUCACUCAAGAACGAUAAAUUAUCGGUCAAUGUGAAAUCUGAAUGUUGGCUUCUUCUCGGCUGCCUCGCUAAGCAUCACUUCAUAACGAACGUUUCGGGCGAAAAUCUAGAUGAAAUGGUGAUUUUAUUACGAAAAGAUUUGCAGGAUAGUAAUAUCAUGGUUCAGAAAAAUGCUGCCAAAGCUUUUGAGCAAAUAGCAAUUCCUAUGGGGGCAUUUGAAUCGUCAUGUGGAGUGAGUUGUUAUAAUGUUUGGCUUUCAAUGCUCCAAGGACCUUUGGUACCAAUGCUUCAAAGUACUUCCGGAAUCCUGGCAGCGGCGGCUGCAGAUUGUAUUGCUGCUAUAACAUGCUCUAUAUUUCAGCAGUUGCCGGAACGGUUGAGAAUUUUCAUCAUGACUGCCUUAUUUGGUUGCGUCGGCCACGAGGAGCAUUUAGCUCGGUCUGCAGCUGCGAGAACUUUGGGAACUAUAGUAGUGUUUCCGUUUUUGUCGCAUGAUAUUCAAAUAAUUUACGACGUCGCCGAUCGCAUUGUGUGCGCUUUAAACGAUGAUAACUUAAUGGUUAGAAUGAAAGCAGCGUGGGCCUUGGGUAAUCUAAGCGACGUUUUACUUUCUGGCAGGGAAAUCGGCGUGCCAAUUGAAGAAGUGCCGUUAUUAAAUGUGUUAGACAUUGCAGUACGUACGGGUAGCGAUCACGAAAAAGUGAAGGCUUGCUCGAUGAGAGCUAUUGGAAAUCUAUUUUUAUUAGUAGAAGAUCAACAUUUAAAGAUAGAAAAAUUUCGCUUAUUAGUUGAUCAAGCAGCGACUACCUUGAAUACAAAUUCUUCGACCGAAAAUAAUAUGAAAGUUCGUUGGAAUGCAUGCUAUUCGUUGGGAAAUAUGUUUAAAAACGAAUUACUAUUACUGCAAGUGGACACAGGCUGGCAGUUCCAAACUUUCCAGACGUUCACUAAAUUAAUCGUCAAUUGUACUAAUUUCAAAGUUCGUCAAGCCGCUUCUACUGCCUUAUCAAUGAUAUCGAAACGCGAGCAUUACGGUGAUUACUAUUUAAAAUUAUGGCCGGCGUUGUUCAAAGCAUUCGACAAUUCGCAAAAUCUUCCCGAUUUUGCUGAGUACAAACAUCAGCGGAAUUUAGUAGAUCAGCUUUGUUUUCUUCUAUGCCACCUAAGUAAUUUUCUUACGGUAGAUGAUAUAAGUACGUUGCAUUCCAUUUCAAUAGCAGAAAAUUUGGAGACGUACGUGAAACACAUCGUUGAGGUGAAAAAGCGCAAUACCGUUGUUACGGACAAAUUUUCAUCAGCAGCUCAACACGUAGGAAGCUUGCUGUCUGCGAAUCUAUCAUCUGAACAAACGAAGAUAAUUCAAGGCUUACGAAUGGUAUUGGUUGCUGCUGAGGAAUAAUUUUUUGAGAUUAAUUAGAAUAAUCUGUGCUUCUAAUCAGUUACCAGUUGGCGGUGGUUUGAUUUAAUGUGAAGAAAAGUCACUCUGGUUUUGAAAUCGGAUGUAUUUGUUGUCAACAGUCGGAGUGACGUUGAAUGAGAAAACGAAUCAAUCGUACAUAAAUAGAAUUCUUUUUAUCAACUAAUUUAGUAACAGCACACUGUGAUAAAGUCAUUAUUUUCAUAAAGGUACAAAUUAACAUAUAUUUUUAACAUUACAUUUAAUAAAUUACA